AUGAGUCGCCUCUGCUUCCUGGGAGUGUGCGCAACAGACUACAUCACCCAGCACCUAUUCCGCACAAGCAGUGCCUACUCCAGCAAGUUAGGUAAACGCAAAGCGCUGAAAUUGAAUUUUGCAAACCCACCUUUCAAGUCCACAGCAAGGUUUACUUUGAAUACUUCUGGAGUUCCCUUCCAAAACCCACACAUUGAUACACAAGCAACACUGAGUAGUAAUCACAUUGUCCCGUUCACUUUCAAGAGAGAAGCGGACCUCAUCCAGAAACUUUCCAGCAGGCUACAAGAGAGACUGAGAACACACAGCAUUGAAUCAUCAGGAAAAUUGAAGAUUUCCCCUGAACAACAUUGGGAUUUUACUGCAGAGGACUUGAAAGACCUUGGAGAAAUUGGACGAGGCGCUUAUGGUUCUGUCAACAAAAUGGUCCACAAACCAAGUGGGCAAAUUAUGGCAGUUAAAAGAAUUCGGUCAACGGUGGAUGAAAAAGAACAGAAACAGCUUCUGAUGGACUUGGAUGUAGUGAUGCGAAGCAGUGACUGUCCAUAUAUUGUUCAAUUUUAUGGAGCACUCUUCAGAGAGGGUGACUGUUGGAUCUGUAUGGAGCUCAUGUCUACCUCGUUUGAUAAAUUUUACAAAUAUGUAUAUAGUGUAUUAGAUGACGUUAUUCCAGAAGAAAUCUUAGGCAAAAUCACUUUAGCUACUGUGAAAGCACUAAACCACUUAAAAGAAAACUUGAAAAUAAUUCACAGAGAUAUUAAACCUUCCAAUAUUCUUCUGGACAGAAAUGGGAAUAUUAAACUUUGUGACUUUGGCAUUAGUGGACAGCUCGUCGACUCCAUUGCCAAAACAAGAGAUGCUGGGUGCAGACCAUACAUGGCACCUGAAAGGAUAGACCCCAGUGCAUCAAGGCAAGGCUACGAUGUUCGCUCAGAUGUCUGGAGUUUGGGAAUUACAUUGUAUGAGUUGGCCACAGGGCGAUUCCCAUAUCCCAAAUGGAAUAGUGUAUUUGAUCAGCUGACACAAGUAGUAAAAGGAGACCCACCACAGCUGAGUAACUCAGAGGAAAGGGAAUUCUCCCCAAGUUUCAUCAACUUUGUCAACUUGUGCCUUACAAAGGACGAGUCUAAAAGGCCAAAGUAUAAAGAGCUUCUGAAACAUCCCUUCAUUCUGAUGUAUGAAGAGCGUACAGUGGAUGUUGCAUGCUAUGUUUGUAAAAUCCUGGAUCAAAUGCCCACAACUCCCAGCUCUCCAAUGUAUGUCGAUUGAUAUUGCUGCUACAUCAAACUCUAGAAAAAGGGCUGAGAGGAAACAAGCUGUAAAGAAUUUUCAUCACAUAUUGCAGUGUUUUUAAUGCUCGCCCAGACACCAUGUGCAAUAAUAUUGGUGUUAUUUCCAUCAUGUCUGUAUAUUAUUGUCACAUAUAAAGUGCAUCCCUGUAAUACCUGAUCACACAGUGUUAGUGUUGGUCAAAGAGAGACCUCAUCUUGCUCUUUUGUGGACAUAUUCAUGAAAUGUGGAAAUAAGUACAUUUAUUUGUUGACCGUGAUUGGAUAGCACCUAAAAUUCCUUUCUAGACUCGAAACUCAGAGGCUUCUCAGCAGCUACUGGAAAGAUUUUUCUCUCAAACUCUUCCAAUUAUUGUUUAAGUAAUAAUAAAAACAAACACAAGUUAGGCAUUGUCUGUCUGAACAUAGAGACUUUGCUUGGAGAGAGAAGAACUUGCAUAACCAACGCGAUGCUUUGCCUUCUGGAGUUAAAAGGCAAAGGAGGAUUUUAUUCUUCACAAAGUGCAAUAGAUUUACUGCUAUGAAAUUCUGUUGCUUUACAGUCACAGUGUAUUUUCUGGGGACAGUGUGUUCAGCUGAACUUCCUGUUUAAAGAGAGAUCAUGUUAAAUAUAGUGAAUAUGUCUUUACCAAAAAUAUGUUGCAUUGAAAGAGGCUAACAUUAAAAUAUUCAAAGAUGGGACAUAAUGUAUUCUUCUCUCCUUUACCAAGCCAUCCACUCUUCAUUAUAACUAGGUGUCCUGUAAAUUGUUACAUGAUAAGAUAAAACCUUGACUUGAAGAAUUAUUAAACUACUCAAUUGAAUUUAGUCUGCUUGUGACCUGAUUUAUAGCUGCACAAUGGCUUUGCUUUUACUUCCAUAAGUGCAGUGUGCAAAAUCUACAGCUGUUUUUGAUAAGACACAGUUGAAUCACUCACAAUUUUUCAGUCAAUGUUUAUCGACUGAAAAACAUUCAUAACCCCUUUUAUCCAAAGUUCAGUAUCUCUACUUUCUUAUGGACAACCAAUUCUGGCCUAGCAGCACUGCCUGUGAUCAGACUAGACCAAAUCUCAGUGUGUUUGAUUCUAUCCCCCCUGAUGAGGAUGGUGGGAUCCUCUGCCUCCUACCCCUUACCUUGGAUCUAUCUCAUUGUGGUAAAUUUCAUUGCUGCACAUAGGAUGUUCUCAUUUGUUUGUCUAAUAUUUCAUUUUUUGUAUGUAAUUGCAGCCUAUUUUGUGAUCCUUGAACAGUCCUGAUUGUUGUAUCAUGGUCCAUAUUGCACUUGAAUUGUUCUGGUGCAUGAUGGUAGUCUGGGUACCCAGGACAUUAGAAAGUAUCUGUGGUUUCUGACUGACCUUUAGCUUGUCCUAGAAAAACCAUUCAAGAUGUACUCUUCUGGCUGACAUGAACUUUAGAGCUGAUCAGAUACCAUUAAUUUGGACUUGUUCAAACAUAGUUUUUCAGUGAAACAUUUAGCUUUUUUUAAAAUAAUCUAUUUUUAGAUAUCUUCCAAAGACUGACAAACUGGAGUUUGUGGGGACCUGCAAAGUGAUUUCUGGUUUCCAUUUGGUAGUGUUUACUUGGUUGGCUUAGUCUCAUAGUAAGUAGCUGGGGCUUUGUCAGAAACUGAAUGUUCCAUUUUCAGAGAUAAUUCUGAAAAAUUUAGAACACAAAACCCAGCGGGUUAGAAACCCAGUGGAAAGGGAAAUGCUGCUGCACUAAUUACAUUGUGUAGAAAGUUUCCCACAAUUUCUACCAAACACAAAGGCUGUGACAAUACAGAGAGCACUGGGUAUGGUGCAAGGGCCUACACUAUAUUAUAACAUCUGAGCUGAGAAGGGGUGAAGCAAACCUGGUGGUCAAACAGGGGCUCUAUGCUGUUGCUAUAUGCUCAUGGCACUUUUCCAGAUUCUACAGUGCUCUACUUGUGUGUAGGCUUGAGGUACUCACUUUGUUCCUACUUUGCCAUUUGACGCUACAGAGCAUUCACAGCCAAACAUGCUAGGCCUGAUCCUAUCAGGCACCAAGUUCUCUCAACUGACACCAAAAGUGAUAGGAAAUUAGUGUUCUUAGGACCCCAUGGGCUUUGGCCUACAAUGUAUUGUAUCCCAGAAAACCCUGUUUUUGUCAUUUGUAGCCAGACCUUCAUGGGGCGUAAAAGCUUUGUCUGUCUAGGCCAGCAAGGACAAAGUCAGAUUCUCUUAACUAAUGAAUUUGAUUCCUACAGUUGCAGUUAUUAAGAUAAUUUGAAAGUAUUAUCUAUUCAAAACACCUAGAGAACAAUAUGUGCUGAAUCAUCUGAUGCUGCCACCCUGGCAUCAUGUUCAUGACAAAAUGUGACUAAUGCAGUAAUUCUUCCUCGGUCCCUCAGACCUGGACAUUUACAGCUGUUGACCUGGUGAUUCAUUAUAUCCAAAGCCUUCUUCUGCAAACAGCUGUUGCCUUCCUAUUCCCCUCAUUCACACCUGAUUUAAGUUGUGCUGUUCCUGCACCCUGGCCCCAUUCUAUUGUCUUCAGCAGUAUAAUUGAGUUUCCAUUCUGUUGGUGGGAAAUGGAAAUUAGAAGCUUUGAGUUCCUGAUGUCAAAGCCAGGUUCAGAAUGUGCUGUGGUGUAGAUGGCUAUACAGAAAAGCAGAUCUAGUGUAUUAAUCAUAGAUUAUUAUAAACUAUUAAGGGUGCAGCAUUUAUUACAAUGUAUCUUUAUUAAAAAGGUGUAUAGUGUUCAGAAGCUGUGAAAAUAGUAUAAGAACUGUACAUUGUGAGCUCUGGUUAUUUUUUUUCUUGUACCAUAGAAAAAUGUAUAAAAAUUAUCAAAAAGCUGAUGUGCAGGGAUGUUGCCUUAUUGUCUGUAAAAUGAAGCUCAGUAACAUAACUGCUUCAAAGAGCUUCAGAAUAUUUUAUCCUAUAUUCUAGUUUGACUUCUUCUAUUUAAGAUAUUAUACAUGGAAUCAGAGUGUUUAUGUAAUAGUUCUAUUCUUUUGCCUGCAGGUCAGUUGUAAUAAAACUAGGAUGCGACUGUGA